CUGGAUCUCCUCGCGCGCGUGGUUUGGAAAGUUAACCCCAUUGAAAGAUCAUCACGGCAUCCAAAUUCCAGAGCGUUGAAACCAGCAAGUGCAGCAAAUUCAGAAACAAUGUGCUAACUGUGGGGAAGCUGUGCUGGUAGCAAUAUCAACCUAGAGUUCAGAAAUGAAAUUCAGAGUGAAAUAUACGGCCCUGCUGCCGUUGCUGCUGAUCGCUGUGAUACUUAUCGAUCAGGUUAGAUCGGAAGAAGAGGAAACGGUGCAGGUGGUGAAGAAGUUGAAAAAGAAGACGAAAAAGGUUAGCAAACUGAAGCCAAAGGCAUUGAGCAAAAAGCCAAAGGAGAGACCACAAGCAGAUGCUCCACCGGCAUAUUCGGAGUAUGACAACUACGAUAAUUACGACUACGGAGAAGGUGGCCGGGAUUACGAUGCCGAGAAUGCCAACCGCGCUACAGAGUCAUCAUUCCGACAGCCGGAUGACGAAAUACCACGCGGUGAAGUGCUUACGCCCAUCAUAACGGUAAGCGAGCGUCCACUUGAACCGGAGUCCAUUGUGCAACCGUUCACUUGUUACUACGAGGGCAAAUGGUACCGCGAGAAGGAUCAAUUCCAAUCGGGCUACAAGGGAUGCGCCACGUGCCAGUGCCGCAACAGUGUAAUUACCUGCGAUGAAGCCGACUGUCCCAAAAUCAAAGCCGAUGUAAACGUCGAAAUUAUUCCACCGUCGACCACCACAACUACGACCACAACCGAGGUCCCAGAGUUUGAUGCAGCCCAAAUAGGAAACCGUAUUCCAUCGGGACCAACUGGUCAUCCUGGACAGCCCGGAGAAGCAGGACUGCCCGGAAAUCCCGGUACCCCAGGCAUUCCUGGACAACCUGGGCCACCUGGUCCACCACCAGAUCUAUCUUUCUAUACUCAGCAGCUACAAGAAUCGAUGGCCGGCUCAGACAAAGGACCAUCUCCUGACAAUUUCCAGUUCAUGCAAGCUCAAGUCGGCCCCGUAGGUCCCAGAGGUCCUCCCGGCCCAUCUGGAGUUUCUGGGCCCCAAGGUUUUCAAGGAACGCGUGGCGAAGUAGGAGAACCAGGUCCACCAGGUUCUGUGGGCCCAUCUGGUCCACGAGGUCUACCAGGGCCGCCUGGAAAAGACGGAGCACCUGGUGAUGACGGUGAACAAGGUGCGCAAGGCGCAGUUGGUCAAUCAGGCCCAAGAGGUUUACCAGGAUUGCCGGGAAUGCCAGGCAUCAAAGGACAUCAAGGACUAUCUGGUCAUGAUGGUCCAAAAGGAGAACAAGGAGCACCCGGCGAGAAGGGUUCGGUGGGAGCGAUUGGUCCAAUCGGUGCUCAAGGACCAGUUGGCCCAGCUGGACCACGUGGUGAAAGAGGACGUGAAGGGCCACCUGGACCAGCUGGAUUAAGAGGCAUCGACGGCAUCGCUGGACCACCCGGACAACCAGGUCCUGUUGGAAAACCUGGUCCACCAGGUUUUCCUGGAACACCUGGCAAUAAAGGAGACUUGGGAGGACAAGGACCUAAAGGCAGCCAAGGUCCUCAAGGGCCACGUGGUGAAUCUGGAAGACCUGGUCAAUCGGGAGAACCUGGUUUGAACGGUCCACCUGGCAAAGACGGUGCUUCCGGUGAGAAGGGCUCUGUUGGCGCUCCUGGUAUGGCUGGUCCACCAGGUUUUCCAGGACCUCGAGGAGCCCCCGGAUCAAACGGAAGUCCUGGAGAACGCGGAAUUAAAGGAGAACCGGGUCUACCUGGGGAACGAGGUUACAAAGGAGAUUCAGGAAUCAAAGGAGAAGAUGGAGUGCCAGGUCCUCGAGGACUUCCUGGUGCUAUUGGUCCCGAAGGUAAGCGCGGAAAACGAGGCAUGAAAGGACCUACUGGUCUAACUGGGCCACAGGGAGAACGCGGACUACCAGGAGUGCCUGGAUUACCCGGUCCUGACGGAGCUCAAGGAAUUAAAGGUCAGAGCGGCGAUCGAGGUGCUGUAGGACCGCAGGGCAACAAAGGGUCACUUGGCGAUCCUGGACCUCCAGGUCAACCAGGUAUCCAGGGCUUGAGAGGAAUGAACGGAAAACCUGGUGCUCAAGGAAAAUCUGGCGAACCAGGAGAAAGAGGUCCUGCUGGAGCGGAUGGAAAAACUGGAGAGCCGGGACCCCAAGGGCUCCAAGGCUUACCGGGUCCGAUUGGUCUCCCUGGAGAUAAAGGCUUUCCUGGUGAACCCGGUAAGGAUGGUGAAAUUGGACAUCCCGGAGCACAAGGUCCUAGAGGAGAUGCUGGUAAAGAUGGCCCACCCGGUGUUGCUGGACCACCUGGACCACCCGGAAAUGAUGGAGAUCGCGGUCCACCUGGACCGGGCGGUCCACGUGGAUUCCAAGGGUUACCAGGAACACCCGGAAAUCCAGGAGUUCCAGGAAAGGAUGGUCAAACUGGUCAACCGGGUCCUGUUGGGCAAGCUGGUCAAGCUGGAAUUAGAGGUGAAAGAGGUUUCCCAGGAGAAAGAGGUCCAAUAGGUACACCGGGAACCCCUGGACUACGAGGAGAACCAGGUUCUCAAGGAAACGAUGGACCUCCGGGAUCGCCAGGGCCAUCUGGUAUGAAAGGACAUCAAGGAGCACCAGGAAUGAUUGGUAUGCCUGGAUUGAGAGGUCUACCAGGACCGGCAGGUGAUAAAGGAGAACGUGGAUCAGUUGGUCCAGUGGGACCAGAAGGUCCAGCUGGUCGACAAGGUGAACGAGGCCUUCAAGGGCCUAUGGGUCAAACAGGUCCACCAGGAGAACCCGCUGAAAAGGGUGAACCUGGCACCCCAGGUAUCCCUGGAGAACCUGGGACACCUGGAGGAGUAGGAGAACGUGGGCCUGUUGGUCCUCAAGGAUUACAAGGAUUCCCUGGACCUCAAGGUUCGAGCGGAUUACCUGGCCCGAAAGGAGACCGGGGCUCAAUGGGAUUGAAAGGAGAGCAAGGCAACAGUGGAAAUCCUGGUUUACCUGGAGAACCUGGAUCUCAAGGCUUAAUCGGUUUAACAGGUAGCAAGGGUACACGCGGGGAACCAGGAAUACGAGGCGAUGCAGGGUCUAUGGGUCCUCCGGGAAGGCCUGGAGAUCAGGGUGCAGCGGGUCAACCAGGAAACCCUGGCCCACCUGGUAGCGCUGGAAUUCCUGGUCAAAAGGGGAAUCCAGGCGAUACUGGCAGGCCUGGAAAUUCGGGACCUCCAGGUAUGCCUGGGCAGCCUGGAACAGAAGGAAUCAAGGGUUCAGCUGGAAGCGAUGGUCCUCCAGGACCUCCAGGAAAUCCUGGGCCACAGGGACCCCAUGGUGAUCGCGGAUUACCUGGACUUCCUGGACCUAGCGGUCAACCUGGUGUAAGAGGCCUUCGAGGAGCAGCCGGUGAAAUUGGUCAACCCGGAAAACCAGGAAAUGAUGGUCCACCUGGAGUUGCUGGAGUUGCGGGUCCACCAGGUCCGCAAGGUCUGACUGGAGAUGCGGGACUCGAAGGUGCGCCUGGGAAACAAGGACCACCUGGAAUUGCUGGACGAACUGGUGAUAAGGGUCCUGUUGGUACGCCAGGCAGUCAAGGGCUACCUGGCGCUCCUGGACUUCCUGGUCCUCCUGGUCCACUAGGUCUCACAGGUCAAACAGGAGAACGGGGUCUGCGAGGUGAAACAGGCCCACAAGGUAUCGAUGGUCCUCCUGGCCCUCGUGGCAAAGCUGGCCCACCAGGAUUGGAAGGCAUAAAAGGAGAUGCUGGUGAAGCGGGUGCGAAAGGAGUUAAGGGCCAUCGUGGUUUAAUUGGUUUGCAAGGUUUGCCUGGCCCUGCUGGACCUUCUGGUGAUAAAGGUGAUACUGGAGCUGCUGGACAACCUGGUAAACCUGGAGAAGCCGGACCACGAGGUCCUCCUGGUAGAGAUGGAUCACCUGGUCCUCAGGGAAUUUUGGGUAUCGCAGGACCACGAGGUUCUCCUGGAAGUGAUGGAAAAACUGGACCGAUGGGCCCAGCUGGUCCCCCGGGCCCUCCUGGUCCACCUGGAGAUGGCAUUGGAUAUGAUGCUGCUGCGUUGGCUGCUUUAUUAGGUCAUGGUCAACCGAACAACAUGAAAGGACCUGAUCCAAAUCAAGGUGAUGAACCAAUGAAAUUUAACAAAGUUUUCGAACUGACAGAAGAAGAAAGGCGAAAACUAGUUGAAACAGCUUAUGAACGUCUUAAAACAACCUUCGCCACAUUUAAAAAACCUGAUGGCAAACAGUCAUCACCUGCCAAAACGUGUAGGGAUCUUUUCGCUGCAUAUCCAGAAUAUACAUCCGGUCAUUAUUGGAUCGAUCCCAAUGAAGGCGAUACUCGGGACGCAAUUCUAGUUUAUUGUGAUGCUGAAAGAAAAUCUUCAUGUGUUCUGCCACAGCCCCUACGUACAAAAGAGCUUCAUUAUGUUGGCGAAGAACACGAAGUAUGGUUGGGCGAAAUGGAAAGCGGAAUGAAAAUUACGUAUAAGGCUGAUAGCAAUCAAAUCGGAUUUUUGCAAUUACUGUCGGGAUCAGCAACGCAGAACGUUACCUACCACUGCAAAAACAGCAUAGCGUUCUUCAAUAAGGAGAAGAACAGCUACCGACAGAGUCUGAAGCUUCUAGCGUGGAAUGAUGCUGAAUUGACAGCAAAGGGCCCUCAAAGAUUGCGAUAUGAAGCUGUUUUGGACGAAUGUCAGCACCGAAUGCCCACCUAUGCUCAAACUAUUCUGUCCUAUAAGACAGAGAAACCGACGAGGCUACCGAUAAUCGAUAUUGCAGUGCGGGAUGUCGGUGAGUCAAAUCAACAGUUCUGGAUCGAAAUUGGAGCAGUAUGCUUCCAGUGACGUGGAGACAUUAGAUUAGAAACAUUCGAAUCAAUUUCAAAGAAAUGAUGCCAAAAAAAAACGAACGACAAUUCUCAAAUCAGAUACGUACUGCCAAAGCAGAAAAUGAGGCCACUGCCAAAUCAGUGAUGAUGACACCAAAGAAAGUGAUAUUUUCGAAAGAUCUUGUAACAAGAUUUUACAACUAAGUCUAGCAUAGGUUCCCCUUUGUAGUAAGUGACUUAAUUAGGAAUGAGUGUGUGUAAUAAAACCAAAGAUAACAGGA